AUCCUGUGUGUCAAAGGACAGAUCGUGUACUGAAGACUACCAGUCCCUUCCAGAAACUGAAGAAAUGGCUGUUUUGUCUGAAAAAUGGACUCCAGAUGGCAGUUUGGAAUUGGAGGCAGUCUGUCCAAUUUGCCUGGACUUUUACUUUAAUCCUGUCUGUCUCUCCUGUGCCCAUGUUUUCUGCUUUGACUGCACUAUGAAUUGGAUGGCACAAGGCGCAGAAGAAGAUUUGAUACCGAGCUGUCCCUUGUGUAGAGAAGAAAACAGGAGACCGAUCAUGUACGAAUGGAUGAUGCGAGAACUGAUCAUUCUUAUCAAGCAGCAUGGCCCCCUCCUGAAGCAACACAUGGGGCAGACCACUGGGCCCCUGGGGUUUUGCUCAGAGGAUACAGCUCUAGAAACGGAGACUGGUGAUUCCUCCUUGGUACCCUGUAAUGGUUUAAGCGAUGUCUGUUGUGGGGAGCCUGGUCGUAACUUGGAAGAUCCCCGAAGAUUCACCCCCUUGACUGGUGUCUUGGACAGCUCUAACAUCUCCCUGGCCUGCCCGGAAGUUGAUGUGGGGAAAAGGAAAGAGCGGACUUCAGGUGUUUGCAAGGAGCCAGUCAGCAGGAGGAACCCGCCCAUAACUUGGUGGAAGAUCCUGGGAGAGUCACCCAACUGGCCUGUGUCCUGGACGGCUCCCACAACUCCUCCAUGUGGCAUUUGCAGAGUGACACAGAAAAGGGAAAUGCGAAGAACUCUCUCUGAAUCUUUGUGGACCCUUAAAGCCCAGUCCUUUGUUCUGAAUUGCCAGGGGAAAGUAACAGUAGUGGCCUGUGGUUGUGAUAAAUUGUCUACCCUAAUAAACUUGCCUGAGGAUCAGAGGACACAGACAGCCACUAGAUUAGACAUAGAGGGCCGUGAACUGCUCGGCAUCACCACUGUACCCUUCUCUGCAUGA